AUGUCUUCCGAUGCACCCGAACCCACUGGCUUGAUCGCCAACAAGGGUCUUGAGCUCUUGACCUUUGGCACUCCUAAUGGUCACAAGAUCACAAUCUUCCUUGAGGAGUUGAAGGAAGCCUAUGGCAAGGACUAUAUCUACCAGAGCGUCAACAUCAUGAAGAACACACAGAAGGAGCCUUGGUUCACUAAGCUGGGACCCAACGGUCGUAUUCCUGUUCUCAUUGACCAUGACAAGGGUGGCCUUGCGAUUCAAGAGGGCUCAGCCAUCCUCGCGUAUCUUGCUAGACACUACGACCCAGAGAACAAGUUCUCGUUCAAGGAAGACCCUCAGCUGUCCUACCAAGAACAGUGGGUCGCCUGGCAGCACGGUGGUCUAGGACCUAUGCAAGGUCAAGCCAACCACUUCUACAGGCUAGCCAAAGAGCGCAUUCCUUAUCCUACACAGCGUUAUGUGGGUGAGACGGAACGCCUCUACGGCAUCCUGGACAACCAGCUCAAGAACAACUCCUACCUCGUCGGCAAUAAGUACACAAUCGCCGACAUUGCAAACUAUAGUUGGGUCAACCUAGCGUACUUCUCUGGCGUCGACCUUAGCCAAUUCCCGAACUUGGAGAAGUGGUGGAAGUCGAUCAACGAGCGCUCGGCAGUCAAGAAGGGCCAGAACAUCCCUGGACCUUCGCCCUACACCAAUGAAAACUUCCAGCAAAAGCUCAAGGAUGACAAGGAGUUUGCAGACAAGAAUGCCGAGUUGCAGAAGUUGAGAGACGAGGCGAAGGAGCAGUACAACUACAAGUACUCGAGCCCUUAG